AUGCUAGCAUACGAGCACGGAAGAACGAAAGAGAAAGCGAACAUUAUAUUUGAUUAGUUGGUAUUGUUCCUGUUUCACAAAGAGCUUUUUUGUUUGUUUUAAAAAAUUCGUGUUCUACAUCAUGAGUCGAAGAUGUGUUUUCUUCUUCCUGAUCCAGCUGCUGAUAGACAAUGCGAUGGUACAGGUUGUAGAGACUUGUAAAGCUGUUGUAGGUGAUACAGUCAUCUUACCCUGUUCCACCAAACCCACUGCAGAGAUUGGGGAUGUAUUUUGGCGAUAUGAAGUAAACAAAGUAAACAAAGUGGUGUUGGAGAUCAUCAAAGGUAAAGAGAAUUUUCAAGACCAGAGUCAAGAAUACAGAGGCAGAGUUGGAGUUUUUUCAGCCGAGUUUGCAAAGGGAAACUUCUCCAUCGAACUGAGGGGUGUGAAACUCUCAGACUCGGGAACUUACACCUGCAACUUCCCUAAAUCCGGACAGGAGAUGAACGUACAACUGAGUGUUAAAGAAGCUUCUAUCAGUCCAACUCCUGCUCCCAAAACUGGUGAUGGCACGAGAAGAGCGAGCAGUAUGUUCCUGCUGGUGUGCAGUCUCCUGUACAGCUUGGUCUUUUGAAGACAACAUGAAGCGCAACUUGUAUGUAAGCACUGUCGCAAGAAAAACAGGACGUUAUGAAGCAUACCUUCGUACAAACCUUUUCUAUUCUCUGAGUUUCACAUUAUGAACAUUCUAGACAGAAAUUGAUAUCCGGUUCAUAUUUGGUAGGCUGUUAUAAACAUUUCAUAAGAGAAUGUAUACAAGGGAUGAUGAUUUUCCGUUUCUAAAAUUGCCAGUUCCCUUUUGUGAUUUUGCCAAUUCCGUUUUUUCUCCAUUUUCUGUAAUAAGAGAUGGGAAAAGUUUCCAUGUACUGAUGAUACAGUUUUGGAGUUCUGAAAUCCAUAAAAACAAAACUUGAGCAACACUUUUUUUUUAACUCAAUUUCUACAUAAUUAGUCUUUCAGGUUCAAAUUGAGAGAGAGAAGCUGAAGAACUGUAUGGUAUCGCCUCCACUGAAAGACACCAAAAUUAAAUAAAAGGCAUCAUGUCAGGGCUCAACAUUGAAGGUUCUAACUGCAAAGUUGAAUUCUGGGCAAAAUAUUCUGUUUCUAUUGCUGUUGGAGUUUCGAGAUGUUUUGCUGUGCACACACACACCAGGGCUUUACAUUAACUUUUUUGCUCACUGGCCACUGUGGCUAGUGGUUUUCCCGAGUCACUAGCCAUUCAGCCUUUUCACUAGCCACAAUUUUGUUGCCAGGAAAUCACAGUUUUUUCUUCACCGUGAUACGUUAAAGUUCGGAAGAUCUAGAUUUAAUUAUGAAUGGCAGCGUAUAAUGUAUCUCUGCAGUAGCACUCAAGUAUUCAGUGCUGUUAAGGAGCUCCCUAUAUGAAAACAUUCAACCAAUUCAGACAAAAAUAUAAACAGAGUAUUCUGUUUAUUGAACUCAAAUUCAA